CCACUAAACUAAUCCAAUCAAACUUAACUUUCAAGUGGAUUAGGUUUUUGGAUGUUAUUGGUUUUUCAUCUGUGGCCAAAAAAAAUGCUGUGGCUGCCAAUAACCCUUUUACUUGUUUGGUCAAGUAAAGGCAACCUUGCAGGGUUUCUUGACAAAUCAACUGGACCUGAGUCAUAUUUUGAUGUUUUGGCCUUACCUGUGGUGAAAAACAACCCCAAUAACUUUGAAAGUAACACCAUUGAUUUGCAAGUACCAGAUAGUGAUAUCAAAACUCAACAUUAUACCCCGGACUGGACCAGUCUGGAUAGCAGGCCUUUACCCGCUUGGUAUGAUGAUGCCAAAUUUGGUAUCUUUAUCCAUUGGGGAGUUUUCUCUGUGCCUGCAUAUGGCUCUGAAUGGUUCUGGUGGUAUUGGAAAGGAGCAAAAAAACCUGAAUUUGACGAAUUCAUGCAAAGAAACUAUGCACCUGGUUUUACCUAUGCUGACUUUGCACCAAAGUUUACAGCAGAAUUCUAUGAUCCACUUGAAUGGGCUGAGAUAUUCAAGAGUUCUGGAGCAAAGUAUGUAGUCCUGACAAGUAAACAUCAUGAAGGAUACACACUUUGGCCUUCCAAGUACUCUUGGAAUUGGAAUGCGAUGGACGUCGGACCCAAAAGAGAUUUAGUUGGUGAUUUGGCCGAAGCCAUCCGCAAUUCCACGGAUCUUAAGUUUGGCCUUUAUCAUUCUCUAUUCGAAUGGUUUCAUCCUCUUUAUCAACAGGAUGAAAAAAAUAAUUUUACUACUCGAGAUUUCGUUAAGUUUAAAACAAUCCCCGAGCUUUAUGAGAUAGUAAACAAAUACAAGCCGAGCAUCGUUUGGUCAGACGGCGAUCAAGGUGCCAAAGACGUUUACUGGAACGCCACAGAUUUUAUCGCUUGGCUUUACAAUGACAGCCCAGUUAAAGAGGACGUGGUAGUUAACGAUCGAUGGGGAUCAGGCGUAGCCUGUCAUCAUGGCGGCUUUUACACUUGCGAUGAUCGCUUUAAUCCAGGAAAACUUUUGUCGCAUAAGUGGGAAAACUGCUUGACCAUUGACAAGAAUUCUUGGGGUUACCGCCGGAAUGCCAGACUAUCUGAUUUUCUAUCGACGCAUGACCUAAUCAAGGAGCUCGCCAGUACUGUCAGUUGCGGAGGAAAUAUGCUACUGAACGUCGGUCCCACACACGACGGUAUAAUUGCGCCUAUUUUUGAAGAGCGUCUUCGUCAGAUGGGUGAAUGGCUUAAGGUCAAUGGGGAAGCUAUUUACUCCACUCAACCUUGGACCCAUCAGAAUGAUACGCUCACUCCAGAUGUUUGGUAUACUUCGUCCAAGGACGGCAAGACUGUUUACGCUAUUUUCCUUUUUUGGCCAAAAUGGGAUAUCCUUAACCUUGGCGCGCCUGAAGUGAGCUCUCAAACACGCAUCUCAAUAGUUGGCUACGACGGAGACAUUGACUGGGUUGUAUCGCCGCCUGGCAUUCAGUUGACUUUGCCGUCGAAGUCGGAAAUUUCAAGUGAUUGGGCUUGGGUGGUACAAUUAGAUAACUUGGUGAACUGAAAAGGUAAAGUACACCUGCAUUAUUUUCCAGUGCGGAAAAUUGCAAUUCUUAAUGAUGAAUCGGCGACAAGUCAUGGACGUUAACUUUUCGCCGUUGUCCUUAUAAUAAAAUCAGAAUACAGCCCAAGCGUUCAUGAGCAAUUCGAAAUCCUUGUCAGUGUGUUAUUUAUACUGUGCAGUAUGUUUGGGGCUAAAUUGAAAAUCAGUCUGUAGGUGUAGCAAAUCUUACUUGUCAUUUUACCUUAACUUCUGCACAUAGUACAUAAAAGUUUUUGAAAAUUCA